AUGGACCUUCUGGAUAUAGUGAAACUGAUCGUCAAUUCCUCUCUGCCAAUCAAGGUCUUUGUGUUGACGAAAGGGGUAUCUGCGGGUCAGUUAACAGCGCUUGCUCAGUCACCUCUACAAGGAUUAUCCCGAAUCAUUGCUUCAGAACAUUCCGACAUUUGGGGUGCUCUGAUUGACCUGGAGGAACCUACAAUACCUCUCGAGGUCAUGAAGUAUGUACAGGGGGAAGGUGUGAUCUGCAAUUCUGACGGCAUCCCUCGAAUUGCUCGCCUACGUCCUCUUCCACAUAACCGACUGCUGCCAUCGUGCACGGUUCCUCGUAUAUGUCGCCCGGAGGGUACAUAUUUGAUUACGGGCGGGUUGGGAACUUUGGGUAUGGAGACAGCCGAAUUCUUGGUGGAACAGGGCGUUCGUCGCGUUGUCCUACUUUCAAGACGCGCUGUGCCGCCUAGAAAGGACUGGCCGGCAAUAAUUGCCGAAUCGGCUCCCAUGAUGUCUGUACUUAAGGGGAUUCAACGACUUGAGGCAUAUGGUGCGACAAUCAAAACAAUUGAUAUCGACAUCACCGAUGAGUCUAGCGCAGAACAGCUGUCCAUGGCGCUUGAUGCUUUCAAUCUUCCUGCUGUCUCUGGUGUUAUCCACGCAGCAGAUCUCCGGCGCAAUGUUGCUUCAUCGGCUUUUCCCCCCGGGACACUGGAUUUUAUGAUUUUCUUCUCCUCGUGUGGACAAUUAUUUGGCUUCCCCGGACAAGCCUCAUAUGCCUCUGGUAACGCAUUCCUGGAUACCCUUGCGGCUCAUCGCCGCAAUCAAGGCGAUAACGCUGUCUCGUUGCAGUGGAGCAGCUGGCGCGGUAUGGGAAUGGCAACAAGCAAUGAGUUCAUCAAUGCCGAGUUAGCCAAUAAAGGCAUCACGGAUAUUACACGCGAUGAAGCAUUUCAGGCUUUAUUGCACGUUCUAAAAUAUGAUAUAUCCCAAGCGGCCGUCCUUAGGAGUCUACCUAUUGAAGACGACGAACCAAUACCAAGCUCAAUCCUCACUGAUAUCAUCAAGCGCAAGCCUCCGACAUCUUCCCCUUCUGACAAGCCGCCAUCCGAAACCAAGGAAGGAAAUGAAAUUCCCUCAUCCAUCGAAGAACGUCGAGCUUACCUUGAUCAUAAGAUUCGAGACAGCAUAUCGCAGGUGCUGCAUCUGGCCGGACCUGAGGACGUCGAUCCAAAGGACGUGAUGAGUGAUUUGGGGCUAGACAGCGUCUUGACAGUGAGCCUGCGAAGUAUGCUACAAAAGGCUCUGGGGGUCAAAGUUCCACCAACAUUAACAUGGACCUGUCCCACGGUCGUGGACUUGAUCUGUUGGUUUGAAAGCAAUAUUUGA